CAUCGCCGUGACCUAAUCACAUUACUUUCCAAUUCAAAUGAGGUUGUGUUCUCGGUUCAUGAUGUCUCAAACAGUGAAAACCUUUGAUUACAUUGCAAUCGGUGGUGGAUCUGGUGGUCUCGCUAGUGCGAGAAGAGCUGCUUCGCUCGGAGCAAAAGCUGCUGUGAUCGAACAUGGAAGACUCGGUGGAACUUGUGUGAGUUUUCUUGAUUUUAGCAAGGAUUAGCUUAACUAGGAUUAACUAAGUCCUUUUGGGUUGGGUCUACAGCUAUGCUUUGUUUAUUGGCCCUUGUUCCUUGCCCCAAAAGCAAUGAAUCAGCAGAUGUUGUUUGCUGGUACCACUGAUGGUUUUUACAAUCGGGCACAGCAAAAUAGCUCCACCAGCAUGACUGUACACAAUUUGUGUUCUUGUAUUUCAAACAACACAACAAAUUUAACAUAAUAAUGGCAAGAUGUGAAGUCGUUGUGUGCACCUAGUGUUAGAUCCUCUUUAUCCAUCCGUCUUUUUCAAUCUUGAAAAUUCAUCCCGGUAAGAAUUUUACAUGCGUACUUUAGCAAAACUGUUGCCAUAGUCAUAUGACUAUAUGUAGUCAUAAAUAUGUAUAGACUUUUCAAAAAAACUAUUCUUUCCGCGAAAUUGAUCACGCUUUGCCGCAAUAAUUACUAACAACCUCAGCUCUAGUCAUAAACUAAUUGGUAAUUUCAAUAAGUCAAAUUAAUUAAAUUUUAAUCACACGAUACUAUGGAGAAAAAAAUUUAUUUUAAAAUUGCACAGUCAUUAUUACUUUCAAAAUGUCAAGUGAUCCAAAGAUGAGAGGGGCCUUAAGUGGGCUAUUAUUAUAGUUAAUAAAAGGCAUGUACUCAAUUUAAUAUAACAGAUGACUUUUCAGAAAAAGGUUUCAGAACCUUUUCUCUCUGGUAACCAAAUCAAAGUUUCUUAAACAUUUGCUCUUGAAAAUCAGAAAAAUUUCGUCAUGCAUAUUCAUAGUCUCAAAUAUGUACAAAGUCUUGUUCUCAUAAAAUAACUCAUAGCUGUGUGAGGGACGAAUCCAAGUUCCUUUUGUGGAGGCAAAGACAAACACCCAGCUAAAUAAAUCAAUGGAAAUUAAGCUUAAGAAACUCCCUCAGUGUUCUCCAUUGUUUUAAGCACAACAGGUAAAAGAAAUUUUCAAACUGGCAGAGCAAUCCUUUAACCCAUUGAAUUUUCAAUAAAUUCCAAAGAAUUUAAGGUGGUGAUGCAAGGUUCCAGAGGUGAUAAAUUUUUUUUAGAUUAGCGCCUGAAAAGGAGAACACCGUACCCUUCCCUGCAAAAUUAAAAAACUUAGAUUAACCCUGUACACCCUACCAUCAAUGUGCAUAUUCUCCAUACUGUUCUCUCUAUAUUUCCUGAGGUGCUGAUGAGGAGAAUUCAUUUAACAAUCAGGGGGGAUAUUGCAAAGAGAAAUUAGAUGCUAGUCAUUCUUCAGGGUUAAAGGGAAAAUGGAGAUAGAGAAUCGAGCCCAUAAGUAUUAAUGCAGGGUAACAUGGUAAUACAGGAUAAGUAACCCUCCUUCUGUUUUCACUUUGCUAGGUCAAUGUUGGCUGUGUCCCUAAGAAGGUCAGUUCCACUCUCUUAUAUACUUUUCUGUUACAGUUGACUUUUGUCCUGCAGACACCUAGCUAUUAUGGACACCUGGCUAUUGCAGACAAGAGCCAGCCCCCAGGUGAAACGCAUAAAGAAAUGACUGAAAUAAACUCUGCAAUAACAAGGGUCUUCUGAAAUUGAAAUUAAGUCUGUGUAGACUAGGUUAACUCUAAGGGGAAAUAUUGCCAUGCCCAAUUAUCAGUUCACUGGGCUACUCAGAUCUAAAGAUCUAACGCUGUGGGAGGAACAAUGUAUUUUACUAUUGGACAGAGGGCACCCUUACCUAAUGUUCCCCCUCUCCAGAGAGGAGUAUAUAAGUACCACUAUAUUUUCAGAGGAAAAGGAUGGAAUGCCAGGAGGGAGAGGGGGGAGGGGGGGGGGUUACCUGCAGUGAAUUUGCAUCUUCAGAAACUGUGGAUCAGCUCUGGUAAUUUUCUGCCAUUGAGCCCCUAAAACUUAUGAACAUAUAAUUUAGACAGACUUCCUGUGAAUAAACUUGUCUAAUCUACAUUUUGCACAAGCUUCAUUUAAACCUUUGAAUAAGAGAGAGAAAAAGAGGACAAUUUGUGUUGUGAUAUACUUUUAGUCCUGAUAUAUAAAGGCAUCUUCUGGUUUUAGGUUAUGUUUAAUACAGCUGUCCAUGCAGAAUACAUUCAUGAUCAUGCUGAUUAUGGCUUUGACGUUACUCUAAAUAACUUCUCAUGGGCGUAAGUACAACAGCAUUCAAUUUAUCAGAUUUUUAUCCUAGACUUCUCUACAUCUAAUUUAACUGUGAUCUCAUCUUUCUUGCUUAAAAUUUAUGAAAUUAAAUGAAAAUAAGAACAUCUUUGUGCUAUUAGGAAAUAAUUCAGCUUAUUAAUCUUGAUAUCAGGACUGUUAAGAAGUCCAGAGAUGCAUACGUCAAGAGACUGAAUGGUAUUUAUGAGAACAACUUGAAAAAGGUGAUUUUAAGACAGCUUUCGAUUACUUUUCUUGUGUUUUAUUUUAAUUUUAAGUUUUAACUUUUUUCAGUGACAAAAUUCAAUCAGUCAGGCAAUCAGCAAGAUAAUAAAUAAUGUAUGAUUAGAAAUUCUUCUUUUAAUGGAUUAACUGAAUUAGUAGCUAGCUAUAACUUGCCUUAUUUUGUAGGAUAAUGUGGAGUAUAUUCCUGGUCAUGCUGUGUUCACUCCAGAGGGCAAUGUUAAAGUUGGAGAUGCUGUUUACAGCAGUAAACACAUUUUAAUUGCAAUUGGAGGGCGGCCAACUGUACCAGCAUUUCCAGGUGUGACAUAAACUGAUAAUUUACAGGAAUGUCUAAAAGUAAGUUUGUUAGGCAACUUUAUUGUUGAAAUGAAUAACCACUUUUGCACUCUUGAGGUUGCCAGGUGGCAACUUCAGAAAGGGUGGAGGCUUGAGCCCUGUGGUAAUGAAUUAAUCAUCUUGUAAGGUUAAUUAUUUUAAAAAAAUAAACUAAUAAUACUGGCUGUAAGUUAAUGAGCUCUAGAGGUUAGGGUAGACAUUCAUUUGGUAUGUGAAUAACGUCAUAAAAUUUAUAACAAUUUUAAAUGAAUAAAUUAGUGUUGUUAAGUUAAUGACGUCUUUACAAAUUCAAAUUAUUUCCUGAUUACCUCCAAUCAUCUUUGAACAGGUUGUGAGUAUGGUAUCACCAGUGAUGGCUUCUUUGAUUUAGAGGAUCUACCAAAGUGAGUGUAUGAAGCAAAAUUUUGUGAUUAGCAGUAAUCAAAACUUUAACAAAAUUCUUGAGUGUGAUUGGUUAUCAGCAGCCAAAUUUUCUCUCCAUUAAGAGAAUGUGUGCAUGAUCUGUUUAAUUGAACCAUGCAGUAGGACAGUUUAUGCGAUAUGCCUACCAACAGAAAUUUACCUACCAUUUGGGCAUUUUGUGACAUGGACUAUUGGGCUCAUUUGUGGAUGGAAAAAAUCUGUACAGUCUUGAUUUUGACGAUACUUGACUAAGAGGUGUUGCUUGGCCAAGGACCAUUUUUUUUUUUUCAAUCACCACUGAGUUAUAUUCCCCUUGGUUAUCUUACCAUAAUUAUUAACUUCCAAGAGUGACUGGCAUCUGAUUUUUCCUGCAAGUAUCACUGCUAAUUGAAUCACAAUGGUUGCAAGAGUAUGGAAAUUGAACUCGAUCAUUUGACACAUUCUCCUCAUCAGUAACAUGGUAAAUGUAAAGGAAACAAUAUGGAGAAUAUGAGAGUAAUGAUAUCAGGGUAUAAAGAAUCUCCUUUCCCUCAUCUCGAGCAUUUUUACUGAUUUUGUAAGAAAUAAUAUCAUUAUAUAUAUAUAUAUAUAUAUAUAUUUUUUUUUUUUUUUUUUUUUUUUUUUUUUCAGGAAAGUUGCUGUAGUUGGAGCAGGGUAUAUUGCCAUUGAGUUAGCAGGAAUACUCAAUGCUCUUGGGUCCAAAGUUUCGUCUCUCAUAAGAUAUGACAGGGUAAUAGGGCAUGUAUAAAGUUCUUCAAAUUUUGGGAGUUUAUAGUGUUAUUUGCACAAAAUAAUUAAACAAGUUGGUGGGUAUGUGAAAUUUUUUUUAAUUACAGGUUUUGCGAACGUUUGACUCCAUGCUUAGUGAAGGGGCAACAAAUGAAAUGGUGAAAGCUGGAAUUGACUUGCAAACUCACACUUCGGUAAGUUAAACACUAACUAAGUUAAACCAUAAAUCUGGCUUCAGUGGUCAACACCUAACUUCUGUUGAUAAGCUUUUAAACUUUCUUAAAUUUAAAAAUAACUCUUCUUGUCAACUACAGGGGGUGAUCUUUGGUCUGAUUUUGGUCUCCCAAACAAUCUUUCAAGAAAUGUCGAUUCGCUAAUUGGAGGAAUUUUUAUUCAACAAAAUUAUAUCAAUCAGAUCUUCAGUUGCAGCCUAAAAAUUCAUUGAAUUGUCCAUUUUAUUCGAAGCUUUCACAUUUUUUACAAUUUUGAAGAUUUGUGCCCUCUCUGACACCAUUUGAAAAUAAAUUACUUAAUCAAGGAAGAUGAGGAAUGGUUUUUGUUGUUGUUGGUGUUAAAUUAUUUUGAUUUAAAAAUUUCGAGUAAUUGGGUCUCGGAAAAUGCUUUCGGAUUUGUUAGUUAAGGUUUUCAAUAUUUUCGCACAUUCUAGAUUCAGGAGAUCACAAAAGACAGUGAAACUGGUCUGAUGACCAUUCACAUCUUGAAAAACAAGCAAGAUAAGGUGGCUCUGUCCGGGUUUGACUGCGUCUUACUGGCAAUUGGGAGAGUUCCAAACACAGACUCCCUUGGAAUAGAUGGUCUGGUAAGUAAGCAACAACAUACACAGCACCCUUAAUGCGAUGAAAAUAAUCUUAAGCAACAGGUGUGUUGGGGCAUCCAUAUGACAGGGGGAUUUUUGGCGAGAAUCUUUGUCCAUUUGGAUAGAACAGUUCAAGACUGUCUCUGCAUCACUAUACUUGCAUUAAAACUAGUUGAAAGACACUUACUGAUAAGAAUUAUAACCUUUUGACAUUCUCAGGGAAUAGAUGCCGACAGUAAAGGACAUAUAAUAGUUGAUGAGGUUUGUUUGUAAUCAUGAAAACAUCGUAAAAGACACUUGUGCUUGUAUCUUAAGCCUGAUUGGUACGAGAUCUCUAAAGGUUUGAUUUUUUUUCCCGCAAAGUUUCAAAACACUUCCCGGCCAGGUGUAUACGCCUUAGGAGAUGUUUGCGGGAAAGCACUUCUCACGCCAGGUAAAGAUAUAUACAGUUGUUACUCUCAGAAUAGUAUACCUGCCUGAUUUUCACGAGUCAUGAUUAUAACAUUCAAAAUGAGUCUGAUUAUAGUAUUCAAAAUACCGAAUUUCCGUUAAACCCGACGACUCCCGAACAAUUACCUAAGACUUUCCAAGGACUUCCGAACACUCCUUAAGACUCCCGAUGAUUUUCCGAUCUUUCUGAACUUUGCGGUGCCAAAAUUAAGCACCAUCUUGAAAUACGACCUCGAAGUUAGAGUUUGUGUGGAAUUUUGCGUUUUUUUUUCCCUUUUUUUGCACAGCUGUGGUUAUUGGACAGUUGUUAGCCAUUGAAGUAAAAUGCUCUUGUGCACGUUUUCGCAAGCGUUUGGUAAACGCAUAUCGCGUUUGCUUUGGCAGGAAUAGAAGCGACUCAGGUUACGAUUUGUUAAGCGCAAAUAUGAUAGCGGAACGGAUAUAGAAAGACCUGAAAUUUAGAAUUAGUGAUAAUUCAGGAGAAAUUAACCCUUGGUAUUUUAUAGACUUUUUAUUAAAAUUUUUGUAUGUUUCUAUUUCAGUGGCGAUUGCAGCUGGGCGAAGACUCGCCCACAGAUUGUUCGAUGGACAGUCGAAUUUGAAACUAGACUACAACAACAUACCAACAGUGGUGUUCAGUCAUCCACCAAUUGGAACUGUGGGGUUAACUCAGGGUAACUACCAUUUAUAACACAGCGGUCAAUAGUUGGGCAUGUGCAAGGGGAUCAAUUUUUAGCCGGUAACGCAGCAGUUGUCCGCGCAAAUUUCAAAUGAAAACAUAGAAAAAAGCCGCAUUGAUGCAAAAUAUGCGACUAAAAAAAAUCGGUUGUUGAGGCCGGCGAAUCGCCAAUUGAAGCAACUUAAGCCAUCUUCAUUGCACCAUGCGCGCAGGCAGUACAAUUUUCCGAAUGUUGGAAUUUAUCAACAAGGGUUUCUAGUGCGAUAGAGAGCUCGUUGAAAGCACAACAACGAGAAUUUCCUGAAGACGAUAUCAGGUAUCCGACCUCCGCUAGGAAAGAGUGACUGUAACUCAAAUGAAACGAGAAGGCUAACUGAAGUUGACCGUCUUCUUUUUUUUCAGAGGAGGCAGAACAGAAAUAUGGAAAAGAUAAAAUAAAAGUUUACAAGGCUACGUUCAGCAACAUGUAUCAUGCGCUUACUCAUCGAAAGACCAGCACAAUGAUGAAACUUGUUUGUCUCCUGCCUGAAGAAAAGGUUAGGAGAGAGCUAACUUACAAUGGUCUGGCAUUCUUUUAAACAGAAGUAGCAAUACCCUUACUUCAUUCACACCAAGCUUAAACAUUCACGUCUUUAUCCGCAGUUCAAAUAUAUGACUUUCAUAUAUUCUUAACCGUUUAUUCAUCACUUCACGAGUUUAUUUAGAACCAACAUCAUGACCAGCUCCCAGUUGGCUGGUUAGCUCAGUUGGUAGAGCGCUGCACCGGUAUCGCAGAGGUCAUGGGUUCAAAUCCCGUACAGGCCUGAAUUUUUUUUCAGGCCUUAUUUUCACUACUGCCUAAGUAGUGCAAAUUACUGUGAGGAUCACUUUCAUUCACGUCUUUAUCCGCAGUUCAAAUAUAUGACUUUCAUACAUUCUUAACCAUUUAAACUGAUAUUAGUUUGUAAAGGUUAAGUAUAACGGAUAUUUCAGUGAGUGUUUUGGAUUGACGUUUUAGAUUUCUUUUUCCAUAGAUCCUUGGACUUCACAUUCUUGGGAUUGGCUGCGAUGAGAUGCUACAAGGUUUUUCCGUUGCUGUCAAGAUGGGGGCAACUAAAAAAGAUUUUGACGAAACUGUGGCGAUCCAUCCGACAUCGUCCGAAGAGUUGGUCACAAUGCGUUGAUUACAAUAAUUAGGGUGCUUACCAUUUUUCAGAACUGACUGAUUAGACUGAUCAGAUUAAAAGAGCGUGUUCCAAGCGUUUGGUUAGUAAAGCGAAGCGCGAUAACAGCGGAGGAGUGAAAAAAAAAGAAAAAAACAGGGAGGCUUGGGUCGAGUCGCCACCCGACCCAAACCUCCUGCAUCGCGCCGUUUACUAUUCGCUCUUUUUACCAACUAAACGCCUGGAUCAGGCCAGUUUCAUAAAUGAAUAGUAGGAAAGAGGCCUUUCGAAAGAGACUUUUCCUUAAAUUUGAAAAUAAAAAUCCAUCGGAAUAGUGAUUGUAGUUUAGUGAUUACGUCAUCUGACAGGAAAGUUCUGACUUAUUACCGAAUACAUGUACCAUUUAUGAAUGAACCAAUCUGAUUAGCCAGAUCUGACCAAUUGUUUGUGCCUUUAAUUUCUUCACUUUCGUCGUCGUUAUUAUCAUUUUCAUCAUCAUCAUCAUCAUCAUUAUUAUUAUAAGUUCAUGACAACUCGUGCCUAUGCACAAUCUCUUACUUUUCCCAUAAGGAGACGGUCCCCGUAAUUAUUUUAACAAAUAGAUUUCAUGUUGCCGUGUGUCUGUGCAAUAACAGAUCACAGGAGACGUUAAAAUGGGGUUUGAACAAAACGUGGCACACGGGGCGCAGCCAAGUGUGUCACUGAUGUGAUCUACCACAGGACAUACGCACAGCAACAUGGAAUCUAUUUGUUUUAUAUAAUAAAGAAGCAAAACUGAAGUUAUUAAUGAUAACGUCAUCUAUGCGUCUGCCCUCCAAUAGAUGAGAACCAAGAACUAAUCAAAAUCCGUGUAGAAUUCAAUUUAUUAUAGAAUUGCGAGCUGUGCAUUGGCCUGCCUUUAAUAUCUUAAUCAAAAUAUUCUUUCAUGAUUGUAAUGUCGUAGCAAUAUCCAUCAUAAUGAUAUUCCUUUUUCAGGAAAAACAUUAGGGCAUAAAGAGAACUUUUUCAACUAGGACAGAACCUAAUGCUUAGAAUAUAAUGUAACGCUUAGGUUAUCAAUAAAAUUGAAAGUGAAGACC